ACAAGUAGAGAUAGAGAGGAGAGAGAGAGAGAGACGGAAGAGAGAGAGGAGAGGAUAUACGGGAAUAUGAUAGAGAGAGAUCAGAAAGAUAGUGGAGAGGGUAGAGUUAUUAGUAGAGAUUAAUUGGAGCCCACAUUACCAUGAGGAGCGCACGUGAAAACAAGCCGCACUGUGUCCCCUGUCUCGCGGCUGCUGUGCGCGCACCGACCGGAGAAAGCGGACUGUUGUUGGACCCGGAUCUGUUCCGCGUGUGGAUCUUGUUCCCUUUAGACAAAUAGAGGCAUUUCAUCGAAGAGAGGCAGACAGACGGAGCGAGAGCGAAGCUCCCCAAGAGACCGACACGCUGAGGUAGACGGGCCGACCUACAUCCUGCAGUUUGCAGUAUCUAGGACACUUCUCCGCCAGCUAAGCGUCACCAUCCAACAGCAGAAAAGCAAGAGAAAAAACAGAAAUCUGGGCUUUUAAAAAAAAAAGAAAAAAAGACUGAUCCACUAACGGUCUGGACACCAAAAAAAAAGUGGAUAAAUGAGGGUUUCUAAUGCUGAGCUCCAGCAGUUCUUUAUCUUUCUGGCUUAUUUGGACACUUGAGGACUUUUCUGUCGUAGUGACACUGAACCUGCAAUAACCAGACACAGAACUUUGCGAGAAAGCCUUCAAAGUUGUUUUUGUCACCACCCCCCCUCCCCCCUCUCGUUUGACCUUUGACCUGGUUCUUCCCCACCCUAAAAAACCAAACUGGCUGCCACUAGACAAAUAUGGAAAAUCUGACGUCAGCUCUCAAGACAUUAAACAAAAAAUCAGGGGAUAACCCCAACUGCGUUGAGACCUUCAGCAGUUAUGAAGAGUCUCUUCCUUCUGCCGAAGGGAGUCCGGCUCGCAUGGGACGCCUCGCCAAGGCCAAACCCAGUAUGAGCUGCAGGCGAAAGCGCGAGUUCAUUUCGGAUGAAAAGAAGGAUGCCUGCUAUUGGGAAAAACGCCGCAAAAACAACGAGGCCGCCAAGCGCUCCCGGGAGAAGCGACGUCUCAAUGACAUGGUCUUGGAGAACCGUGUCAUUGCACUGAACGACGAGAACGUGAGGCUGAAGACGGAGCUGCUGCAGCUGAAGCUGCGUUUCGGCCUCAUCAACACCGCCUCCUAUAUCGAAAAGAGCCAGCAGAUCGGUGGAGGCAACACGGGAAACGGAGGCUCGUCCUCAUCCCCUUCUUCUUCUACACAGUACUACUCCAGCGGUUACUCUAGCGGCUCUCAGGUGAUGAUGAACUCUGAUUCCUCAGAAACCGAGCAGUCUGGACGCAGCGAGGGCCACAGGCAGCUGGUCAAAUACUCCCCGCAUGGCUCCCUUUCUGACAUGUCCGACGGCUCCUCCAGGGACAGCCCUGAGCCGGUUCCUUUCAAGAUCAAGCAGGAGGGUGACAGGUUAGAGAUGGACAUUGCAAACGGCACCACCACGCAGAUCAUGUUCAACAUCCACCGUGGUCUGGCGUCUGUGCCAACUCACCACCAGAUCCAGCAGCAUUCUCAGGAGAUGGAGCCAGCGUAUCAAAGCCAACAGCAGCCCAAUCAACAGCUCCAUCAGGAUCCUGUUAGCGCUAUCAACACCGUCAGCCAGCCGGCCCCUCACCCACCCGCUGCCCAGAGGAGCGUCAUUCUGUACGGCUCCAGCAGUGCCUCCUAUCCCGUGGACGCCCUGACGAGGCACCAGGAAAUGGAUCUGCAGGCGGCCCAGAAGCGGAGCAGCGGCAACAGCCAGACGUGCUUCACCCACCUGCCGCAGUCUCUUACAGAGGGCGCCACAGAGACACUGGCUGAGGUGACGAAGCAGCUGGAGAGGAAGACAUUAGACUCGCCUCCGUAUGAGCUCUCAGAAAGCUGCGAUGAGGCGGGAGAGAGACAGGUGUACCGAGGUUGCCAACUUGCCCAGCAGCAGGGGAGCGAUUCAUCUGCAGAGUUCCUCCACAAACAAGACGACGGGGUCAAUUACUCGCACCUGUACCAGCAUCUGCAGCAGCCUCAUCAUUCAUACCUCAGUGCCCAAGACGAGGAGCCACCUUUGCUUACCUACGAGGGGCAGCACGGGAGCGAGACUUACUACCGAGGCUCCUCGAGCAAGGACACAUCCUCCAUUGACGGGGAUCCCCGGAGCUCUGACAAAGAGGCCUCCACGGAUGAUGACGAGUCCCCCUCAUCAUCUUGCUCAGAUAUGGGCAGCUACCACAACCAACAUCAUGCCAGCUUACACCACCCUGCCUCGCUUCUUCCUUCCUCCCAGGGAUGCUCACAGGCCCAGGGCCGGGAUCCCCAGGGGGAGGUGAAGGGCACAGCGUUGCCCCACAAACUCAGACUCAAACACCGGGCCAUGAGCAGCAGCAGCAACUGCUCGGGCCAGGAAUCCCCCACAAGCCCUCCCUCUGCCACGCCGCCCCCCCUGCCCCAGCACCCUUACUUGUCGCUCAUACCGCAGCCACGAGAAAGCCAGAGCGGAGGCUGUGAACAGACGGCCUCAUCAUGGGAGGAGGGCAGGAAGGAGAGUGGGAAAAAGGAGACAGGUGGACGACGAAGCAAGAGGCGAGAUUAGGUGACCAGUACUUGCCCAGUUCAGACCAAAGAUUCAAAGACGAGACAAGGUGAAACUUGCAAAUUCUUGCAAUUUAGCCGGGCUGCAACUUUCUGAAACUUGCCAGUUUACACCAGUGAGAAGACACAAGCGGUGUAUCAUCUGCAUAUAGCAACAAUUCUCUGUAGAUCCAUUAUAAUUUUUGACUUUCAGUUUUUUUUUGUUGCUGAAUAUAAUUUGUAGCAUCUUCAAAUAUAAUUGAGAGUGAGAGUGAGAUGAGUGAGAUUUCUAGUCUCUAGAGAUUUGAAUCUUUGGUCUGAACUGGGCUUUAGACCUCGUCACAACAAAAGACAUACAGUAAUUUCUCCUUUGACAACUACCCUGCCAUCAUGCCUUUGCCCCAGGAUCAAAUCCUCUCCUCGAGCCCACUGGACCGGAAGCUGGGCUUUUCUAACCCCCCCUACCAAAUCCCGAAUGUCACCAAAAAAGGCUGGACAUCUUGUAGGGCUGUAUCAUAUUUGUAUAUACUGUACAGAUUUGUCAUUUCUUACAACCUCUCCAUACUUACAGAAGCACUUUUGUUUAUGUGAUGAGAGGAGGAAUGGAACUAGAGUACCUGCUUUUCUACUUUUGUCAACAAAGCGACAUUUAGAUCACACGAAUGUAGGAAAAGUGAAAGUUUUGAGCUUUAUCAGUACUAUAAAAUUGGUACAUAUCUGACUGUAGACGAACAUACACAUGUAUGGCUAUCUGCCUUAAUUAAAAUCAAAUGCAAACGUACUCUGGGGACCUUCCCUCGACCAAAGAAGCAACAACACUACAAAUAUCAAGUUCCAUACCUCUUCCCAGACCCUACCUCUACCAACUCAUCCUCUUCCCAACCAUCUCCACCGAUUCACAAAAGAUUGCCAUCGCCUUUAUUUUUUAAGCACUUGGUUUGUAUAGUACUGUGAUAUAUGAAUAUAUGUAUCUAUUAUAAAUAUAUAUUUUGCAAAGAAAUUUGAAUACAAAUUCAAC